CAAAACAACUCCUAAGAAUGGCAAAGUGCCCAUCAGACCGCGAGACAUCUCUCCCUCUAUCCGUCUCUCCAUAGCAGUAGAUAAGAAAUCUCCAUUCCUCUCCAAAAUCCCACCUUCACUCCUCUUCCCUUCUCAAGAUCGAAUCUUGCAAACAUGGCGCUUCCCCUCUCCUCUCAUCUCCCCUCCACAUCAUCCCCAACUCCUUCCCAUUUCCUCCACGUCAUCCCCACCUCCUUCCUCCCCCCACACCAAGCCCCUCCACAUCUCCACCGCAUCUCCCCUCCCCUCCGCGUCAGACUUACCCUCCGAAACACUCCUCUUCAGAUUCAAGAAUCCGAUGAGCCCUCUGCCGCCGAGAAGAUUCCAAAGCCCUUCAAGAACUCAAUCUGGAUCAACCCCAACAACCCCCGCGCCCCCGCUCUCCGCCGCAACUCCGCCGAUUUCCGCUACGCCCGCCUUGCCCACCUCGCCUCCACCCUCGACUCCUCCCCCGCCGACGUCCCCCUCCUCCUCUCCUCCCUUCCCACCCCCACACCAGAGCCCGAAGCCGUCAUCAUCCUCAACAACAUGGAGAACUCCUCCGCCGCGCUCUCCGCCCUCCACUGGUUCCUGCAAAACCUAAAAUUGCAAAAGGAGGUUAUCCUCUUCAACGUCACCUUCAAAGUCCUCAGAAAAUGCAGGACUUGGGACGACGUAGAGCCCCUUUUAAUGAAAAUGCUGGAUAGGGGAAUUCAGCCAGAUAACAUCACCUUCUCCACCUUAAUUAGCUGCGCUAGGGUUUGCGAUCUCCCAGCCAAAGCUGUGGAAUGGUUCGAGAAGAUGCCGGAAUUCGGUUUGAGUCCAGACGACGUCACAUACUCAGCCAUGAUCGAUGCUUAUGGUCGCUUGGGCAAGUUGGAGAUGGCUCUCCGUCUAUACGAUCGUGCCCGGAAAGAAAAAUGGCGUCUUGAUCCCGUCACUUUUGCGACUCUCAUUCGAGUUUAUGGAGCUUCCGGUAAUUUCGAUGGCGCACUCAAUGUGUUUGAGGAAAUGAAAGCUCUAGGUGUGAAGCCAAACUUAGUCACGUACAACAAGUUGUUAGACGUCAUGGGCAGAGCUGGAAGGCCAUGGCAGGUGAAGAACAUUCACAAGGAAAUAAUCAGCAACAAGAUAUUGCCUAACAGAAUCACUUAUUCUGCUCUUAUCAGAGCUUACUCCCAAGCUCGUUAUGCCGCCGAUGCUCUGACUAUCUAUAAGGAGAUGAGGAGACAAUCAAUGGAGCUCAAUGUGGUAUUAUACAACAUGCUUUUGUCUAUGUGUGCUGACAUUGGCUAUAUUGAAGAAGCUGUUGACAUUUUUGAAGAUAUGAAGGGGUUGCAGGAUACAUAUAAGCCUGAUAGUUGGAGUUAUUCAUCCAUGAUUACAGCUUACUCUUGUGCUGGGAAUGUUGCAGAAGCUGAAAAAAUGUUGAAUUCAAUGAUGGAAGCAGGAUUCCAACCAACCAUCUUCGUGCUCACGUCGAUCAUACAGUGCUACGGGAAGGCUAAGAGGAUUGACGAUGUUGUGAGGACCUUCGAUAGGCUAUCGGCAUUGGGCAUUUCGCCGGACGAUAGGUUCUGCGGCUGUCUUUUGAACGUGUUGACACAGGCGCCACGAAACGAAUUAGGGAAGGUGAUUGAGUUGAUUGAGAGAUCUAAUCCUCAGUUGGGGUCUUUUGUCACGCUAAUGGUGGAUGUUGGGGCUUCUGAGGAAGUAUUUCAGAAGGAAGCUGAAGAACUGUUUAGUAGCAUCAGUGAGGAAGUGAAGAAAGCUUAUUGUAACUGUUUGAUGGAUAUGUGUGUAAAUAUAAAUCAGCUCAGUAGGGCGUCUGUGCUUCUUAAACUCGCGCUGAAACUAGGUAUAUAUUCGACGCUGCAAUCGAAGUCGGCGACUCAGUGGUCUUUACACGUUCGAAGUUUGUCACAUGGAGCUGCUCUUACUGCUCUGCAUGCGUGGAUGAAUGAUAUGAAGAAGGCCAUGGAGGAUGGGGAGGAGCUGCCUCCAUUGCUUGGCAUUCAUACGGGUCAUGGAAAGCAUAAAUAUUCAGAAAGAGGGUUGGGAGCUGCAUUAGAGUUCCAUUUGAGAGAGCUGAAUGCUCCAUUUCAUGAAGGUGGUGAUAAGAUCGGAUGGUUCCUGACAACAAAUAUUGCUGCAAAACUAUGGUUAGAGUCUAGAGGGGCUCCAGUUGAAUUAGUUGUUGCUUAAACUGUAGCAGUUGAUGCAGUGAUUUUAUUUUACUGAUUAUAUUCAGAAAGUAAUUUCUGCAA